AUGGCGAACGAGAGGUUCAAAGUGGGGUGGUACCGCUUCGUACCAUUCCUCGGUUACCACCAUGUGUUGAUGAUAUUAAUAGCGAUAGCAAUUAUCCUGCUAUCCCUCCUCCUCGCAGGAUGCUCAUCAUCGAGCCCGCUCAUCCCCGACAUCUUCCUGAUAUCCCUCUACUAUGACGACUACACCCCGCGGCCCGACACGGCCCAGGUCAACUACGCCGCCUACUCCUCCAUCAAGGGCCUGGCCGGGGACGCCCACCUACAGGCCCGCGUGGGCUACUUCGGCAUCUGCAUCAACCCGGACGGCGGCAGCUGGCUGUGCUCCAACAACGCCACCUCCCUCGCCCAGGAGGUCUCGGUCGACCAGGACCCCCUGAACCUCAUCUGGCUGGCGAGCCAGUUCAAGGACUCGAUCGUGUUCCCCUACCUCAUCAUCAUCGCCAUAAUCUUCGCCUUCAUCUGUUUCCUCCUCCUGGCCACCUUCCCGGGCUGGCACGAGGAGGAGGACAGCGAGGGGUCCGACCGCGAGGUGAAGCCCUUCCCGAGCCGGCCCGUGUCGCAGGUGGCGCUCGCCAUCAUCUUCAUCGCCUCCAUCUUCGUGCUCGUGUCGGUCCUGUGGCAGCACACCGCCUCCGUCGCCGCCAGCACCAUCGCCGAGGACUUUGGCAACGGCAGCGUAAAGUCCGGCGUCGGCACCAGCGCCAUGGUUCUGGGGUGGUUCUCCUUCACGCUGCUCAUCAUCGUCACCAUCGGCCUGCUCGUCAUGAUCCUGAGCAUAAGGGUGCUGAGCCAGCUGGCCGACUAG